CACUUGCCUGGUGGUGUAGCUCACGAACAAGUCCUCGUUAGUGUUGAUGGACGGACAAUAUCGAUAGGAGUGUUACUGAUAUAGGUAAUGAAGCAGGUUGAGGGGCGCGUGAGACAGAGGACUGUAGAGGUGGUGUUGAUCCGUGUGUGUGGUGAUGGCGUGUGGCAGAGUGGAGGCGUGUGUUGGAGAGAUGGGUGUGAGCCGCACCUUGAUCACCCUCACUAUCAUCACCUCCCUCAGCGGGUUCCUCAACGGCUACGACUCCAUCAUGAUCGCCGCCUGCAUGAUCUUCAUUAGAGAGGAGCUGAAACUGACAACAAUGUGGCACCAAGUGAUUGUGGGCACAAUAAAUAUGACAGGUGUGGUGGUGGUGCUACUGACCGGCCAGGUGACAGAGCGUGUUGGUCGGUGGAAGGUGAUUGUGGCGUCCAGUGUGUUUUUUGUGGUAGCGUCGGUGACAUUGGCGUCGGCAGGGAGUAUAACUCAACUCAUUGUGGCUCGUGUAUUCUUCGGGGUUAGCUUAGGGAUAGCCACCAUGAUUGUCCCGGUGUACAUAAGUGAGUCAUCACCGACAGCUGUGCGGGGUCGGAUCGCCAUCGUGUUUAACCUUAUGUAUGCCGUGGGACAGCUCAUCGCCUCUCUGGUUGGCGGCGCCUUCUCCACCGUCCCUCAUGGAUGGAGGUAUAUAUCGGCGGCAGGCAGCCUUCCCGCCCUCAUACAGUUCAUUGGCCUAUUCUUCCUGCCGGAGAGUCCCCGUUGGCUCUUCUCUCAGGGAAGGGUGGAGGAGGCCACGGACGCUCUUAAGACUCUUCGUGCUCCUCAUGCCCCCUCCGAGACUGAGAUAAAUGCCAUACAGGUCGACAUCCGUGCUAACGCUGGCAAGGGCGGCCUCUUCAUGAUCUUCAAGUCUGUGCCUGUCCGUCGUGCUCUCCUCAUUGGCACCCUUCUGCAUAUCGCUCAACCCCUCACAGGCUGUUUCGCCAUCCUAAAUUACAGUGCCACCAUCAUCACCAUGACGGGCGUGGCAGACAAGAAUAACGCCCUGUGGUUCAUGGCUGCCAUAAUAUCAGGAAGUGCAUUUGGAUUUAUCGUGAACGAGGGGCUAGUGGAGCGAUUGGGUCGACGCCCCCUGGUGCUCGCCUCCCUAAUGGGGAUCAUCAUCGCAUUCAUCAUUGUGGGUAUCACCUUCCAGAUGGCAUACCUUCACAGCCCUACCGUCCAGGCCCCUUCUGGUGAUCCAGAGUGUCUUGCUAACACGUGUGGAGAGUGUACCAGCAAGAAGGAGUGUGGUUUCUGUUACAAGGGUGCAGUAGGCAGCGAACACGACACCUCCUGCAUGGCCGCUGAUCCGCAUUCUUACUUUCAGGUGAGUGUGGCUGGGUCGUGCUCCAAUGCUACACUGAUUGAUGCUGGAGUGGAGACUUUCGCCUAUGACUGGUGCCCCUACAGAUAUUCCUGGAUCAUCCUCAUCGGCCUCUCCUUCUUCUUCUUCGUCUACUACUUAGGUAUGGGUCCGUUACCAUGGGUGAUUGCAAGUGAGGUGUUUCCUAGCUGGGCACGCUCCACCUCUGUCAGCUUGGUCGUCACCAUCAACUGGCUCAUCAAUUUUGCCGUCAUCACCAGCUUCCUCACCCUCACAGAAACCAUUUUCAAGUACGGUGUGUUCUACUUGCUAAUGGGGAUCAACUUUAUGUUCCUGGCGGUGUUCUACUUCUUGCUGCCUGAGACUAGCGGUAUUAGCCUGGAGGACAUGGAGAAACUAUUCAACAAACCGAUCGGCACCGUCAACGCCAGGAGCAGCUCACGCGUCGACCCUAACUGAGUCUCGAUCAACAAGUUUUCAAAACUAAGACGAGCUCUGACGUAUGAGUCAACCAUAUAUAUCUGCGGCUCAGUCUUGGCACCUAGUUUAAGCAAUAAUUGUAUACGGGUCAAUCUUUGGUACACAGUUCAAUCACUUUUGUUGCCCAGUCAGGCUUUGGUAUUGUAUACAAUAAAUUUGAUGACUCUAACAGUAAGGAACAGAGAAACAAUGUUAUCUACCUAAGUUACAAUGCAUGAUAUAAUAAACUUCGUGGAUCCUAGUGUCUACCAACUCUUAUAGCUGUCUGCCUCUUGGUGUCAGCAUGAGUUGGAUCUGACAGCAAAUGGAAUGGAACUUACUCAGGAAACAGCUGAUUAUGCUCAGUUCAAAGGUGCGCGUACACCCCACUUUUUAUUUUUAAUACAUUAUAGAAUAUUAACAAUUCAUUAGUUUUACGCCACGGUUCAGUUUAUAAACGUUAUUUAUGGUUAUUAUCUUUUGUUUCAUAUUGUAUAUACUGUAUCUCUGUUUGUAUUC